CUGCCUCUCCUCCUCUUCCCUGUUUUUCUCCUCCGCUGUCAUUCCAAGAACCCUCCAGAGAUCCGACGGACCCCCCGCAACCCAACCGGAGCGCCAGACCCAACACACGUGACUGAGCUCCACUCCAAAAAGGACCGCCAUGAAUCUGGCCGCAGGAUGGGGACUGGUCAGCGCUCUGCUGGUCCUCAGAGUCCAGGCCGAUGUCCUGACAGAAGAACUGUCCGACAACCAGAACCAGAUGGUCCGGCUGGUGAUGGAGAAGUUCCACCAGAGAGAUCUGCAGAACGCAUACAGGAUGACGUCCGUAGUGAAGGCCGAGGAGGUUUACAAUUCCGGGAUAUUCGUCAAUGUGGAGUUUCUGGUGAAACAGACGUCAUGCCGCAAACAUGACUGGAGCAAACCGGACUGCAAGGUCGUAAAAAACGCAAGGACCUAUAACUGCUUUGGUUGUUACAAGUUUGAAUACGACGCUCACUCUGUUAUAUCUAAGGUUGAAGAAUGCAUCCUGACACGAAACUUAAGGGCGGGGCGUCAGAAUCAGAGGAAUGAUCUGUGUAAGGAGGUGGAGAAGAAGGACCCUGAGAGGACGAUUCCCGGGGUGUACAGCUUUCUGAAAACAGAGUGAGGGGCUCCAGUCUAGAGGUUGGAUGAGAAGAUCCUGAAUCCCGGAUAGUGGGGAAGAUCCCGUUUCCCCUCCCCCGCCCUCCUCCUAUAAUCCUCUGUAUCUGUAUAUAGUAUAAGAGAACCUCCCUAUGAAUAUUGGGGUCACAGUCCUGUAGCGGAGUGUGAUGUACGGAAGGGUCACACUAUUGUAGGAUGGGAAUCAUUUUUUUUUUAUCUUGCUGUUUGUUUGUUUUUGUUUAGUUUUUUUUCUCCCUCUCCUCCAUAUAUUGUUAACUUUCGGGUAUUAUUUUACUUUUCUUUGACAUUUAAUUAUAUGGAACAUAUAUAUAGUCUUUGUCAUUUCCUUAUGGUAGAAUAACGUUUUGCUUGUAUUGUUCACCACUUAUUAACAAAAACAAAGUUUGGAAAACAAAGUGGAUCCUGAGGAAGCACACUCCGGGACGAAACGCGUCGAUUCCAACCACUUUUCCUCUUGAUGCUCUAGGGAUUGUAUUAUAUGCUUGGAAGUGACCAUUAUAUGCUUUACAAUGCAUUGAAUAUUUUUACUAUGUCAAAUAAACAUUACUUUUUUAAUAUCA